CACCACAACCAGCAAGAUGGUGGUGAGAUGGCUGUCGUGGGUGGUGUGGGUGAGCGUGGUGGUGGUGGGCGUGGCUGGAGUCACGGCUGAUAUGGACAGGUGUAAAGACAGCUGUUCUGCCGUACCUGAAGAUCUCUGGCCAUACUGCUGUGAGACACAUAACACCUGCUGUCAGGAGUUUGCUGACUCCUGUGUGCACGACUGUCUGCCUAGAGUCCACACGGGGGAUGUGAGCGUGGUAGAGGAGCGUCCAGGGCUCUGCUGUGCUCUAUACAACCUCUGCUGCUCCAGGGAGUCUCUCAGGCUCUCAUCUACACGAAACAAGAAACAGGAGCCAACCGUCUUGCCUAUCGUUCAUCGUUUCCAAGUAAGACCUCAGAUAGAUGAGGUUAAGCCGGUCACUCGGUCUGGCCCGGCACCCUUCUCACAACCCCGAAGACCGAGUGUUUUCCAGCCCACACACACUCCACGAAGAGAGAAGACGUCGAACAGGCCUUCUCUGUUUUCACGACCACAGCUGCCGAAGAAACCAACAGACAGCCCUCGAGUGCUCGAGCAGCCGCAGUUUCUUAAAAAUUCGUUUAGUGGUUCAGAGGAACCUAACCAACCCGUGGGCACGAUAAUUCCCACAAGUAAUGUAGACCAAAGAGAGAAUCUAGAAGUGCCGAAGACUGGAGGAGAUAAAGAUGACAAUCUUCAAGAAAAGAAAAAGACAAAUGAGGACCAAGACCGAAGAAAAAGUCUCUUGGAGACGAAGAAACCAAAGGCAGGACCAAGAUUGUCAGGUUUAUUUCUUGCAAGAAGGAAAGGAACAGAUGAAUCAGAACCGACAGACAUCGAAGUGGAAGCGAGAAAAGAAACAACUGUGGAGACUGUCAGUGGUCUUCCCUCAACAGACCUCUCUGGCAGGAGGAAGAACACAGCUAGUGACACGGAAGGCACAGAUAAACCCCGGCAGGGGAACGGAAGGAGAGGACAGAAUGGCUCGGGGGGUAGAAAAGUGACACGUAAAAGAGUGAGAGUAAGUGACACGGCUGACAGACAGGAGACACCGAGAGAAACAACAGAUCAAACCCAGAUAGAGGUGGAAAGGCCAGCUGAAAGGCCCUCAUUCUCUAAUAGAUUCCAGGUGGCCAGAGAAAGACCAAGUCAGUCUCCGGUUACUGCAGGAAGGCCAGGUGGCCGACUCCAACUGAGCGAAGAUAUAUUAGGUGUUCAGCCUAACUUUGCCGAGGAUACAGCAUUUGGUCUGCCACAAGCAGGUAGAAAUAGACCAUUUGGUCCACCACAGGUAGGUGGACAGCAAUUCGUUCCACCCCAGAUAAACGUGGCGAGGUUGUUUACUCGACAACAAGUACCUGAACCAGGAAAAGAAGGGAAUUCCCAGAUUGCUGAAGAGAGAGUUGGUCGACCUCAAGAUGCUCAGGAAAGACAAGCUCGACCGAAAUUGGCUGAAGAAAGUGUCUUUGAUAUACCUCACUUGAUUGAAGAUAUAUUAUUCGGUCAGUCACAAGUGACAGAUGACACUCGUGGUGAACAACAGUUUGGUGUGGGACCGUUAUUUGGUCAACCUCAAGUAAACCAAGAAAGUCGCAGAAGAUUUCAGGCCGUACAAGCACAGACUGAACCACCAGUACCUCACUUCCAGAUGGAUGAAAAUAGUAAAGUUUUUCAACCCAUAUUCUUCAAAGAAGAUCCUAUUGGUCAACCUGUGAUAGAUCUGGGACGAGCUUAUCUUCCCCAACCUACUGAGAAAAAGGCAGAUCAACCUCCAGCUCCAGCAAGAGGGGCGGCUGGUCGAUCCCUGAUAACUGAUCAAGUGUUAGUCAUUCAACCACACUUGGCUGUGGAGAAAAUCAGUGAUCAGUCACAGGCAGCUGUAGAGACAGUCUUUGAUCAAUCACAGGUGACUGUAGAGAAAGUCUUUGACCAAUCAUUGGUGACUGUGGCAGUCACUGAUGAAACACCAGUCGCUGCACAGAUCACUGACCACCCUCAGGUGGCUGUGGAAAAAGAUGGUGAAAAAUUGCAGGUAACGGCAGAAGAGGUCAUUAUCCAGCCACCAGUGGCUGUUGAGGUUAGCGACCAAUUACCGGUGGCUGUGGAGGUCAGUGGCCAGUCACCAGUGGCUGUGGAAAUCAGUGACCAAUCACAAGCGCCUUUGGAGAAGGUAGAUGACGUAGUGAUAGAGACGGUAAAUGAACAACCACUAAAGGCCGUGAUGGACGUAACUGACCAGACAGAUGUUGAUAAAGAGGCGUCAGCGGGAGUACCUCAAGUGACCAGGUCAAGAGGAACGAACUCCAGAAGCCGUUCCCGGACCACAGGAAGGUCAAGUGUAAGAGACCAAUCGCAGACUAGGGAAACGUCACGUUCAAGAGUUGCUUCACAGGUAACAAGAUCAAGAACAAGUGGUCAUUCUCAAAUAAGUUCAAGUGUAACAGAUGUCUCACAAGUAAACCCAGAAACCUUGAGAACGGAGGAACUUUUUCAACGCUCUCGGGCAACACGAACAAGAUCAAAUACGAGGGGUCCUUCUCAAGUUCCACAAGAAAGUUCAAGAACAGGGGAUCGUCCUCAAGCAACAAGGACAAGGCCCUCAAGAAGACAACUUUCAAGGGAAAGAUCAACGACAGAUGGUUCUUAGAUAUACAGUCAAUAUGUUGUUAAGCUCCUCUGGGUAGCGUUAAGGGAGGGUCGCUGGUGGUCUUUGGGUGUGUGGAUAAAUCUGUAACAACACUUACUGUCGGCAUUCUCAUUUCCCCUUCAGUGUGCUGUACAUCCUGUCUGAACUGGUACUCUUGUACUAGUUGUCUUGUUUACGGGAGAACUCUUGUAACUCGUCCUCUGACACUUCUUGUAACUCAUCCACUGACACUUCUUGUAACUCAUCCACUGACACUUCUUGUAACUCAUCCUCUGAAACUUCUUGUAACUCAUUCACUGACACUUUGUUACACACACACUAACCAGAGGAUCAUGAAGAGGCAGCAUCCUCGUUAGGUCAUGAGGGAUGGGUGUGAUUUCUCCAGGGUUUACACACACUCACACACACACGCACACGCACACGAGGAGAAACGUGUGUGUGUUAAGGCAUUAGUGGAGUGACUCUCACAUCUCCUUUCCAGACCAGACCUCUUCUUCUGUUUCUUCCUCCUUGUUAGUAAAACUCCACUUCUCCACUAAUGAUACUCUGUCAGCUUCCUCACUCUCUGUGGUGUUUAAACGCACUGUUAAAAAAGUCCUGAACUCAGCCAUAUCCCUUGUUUAUUAUUUUAACACUUUCUCUUGUGGUGAUGCAGCAGUCAAUGUGGAUUAUGACAUCAAUAUUGAUUUUGUAAUUAGUUAUUGAUGUUCAAGAUUUUGUUAAUAUUUAUUGAUGUACAAGAAUUUCCCGUAAUUUUUUUUUUUUACCUAGUUGAUGUUUCGGCCUCUGUUAAUGUCUUAUGCUUCACUUUGUACACCAUCUCCUUGUGUCUCUGUUGUAUGGUUUUGUUUUUUUCAUCAUUUCUACUCUUCCUAUAUCACAUUUUCCCCAAGUGUCACAUACAGUAAACAUUAACUUUUAUUCAGACUUUAAAAUCAAUUCUUGUCUUUUAGGUAGUUAACAGUACCUGAAAAAUACAAAACAAACGUUAUUGCAUCAAAGUAAGAUUAAUGUGUUAACUGGAGAUGUUUAGUUACAAGGAACUUUAUUUCUCACUUUUGUUGGGUGGCAGAAUCUGAUGACUGAGAGCCGAGUAUUGAGGGAUGACAUACUUGUAUUUCCAGGUCGUCCUUCAAGUGUUAUCCUCCCAAGUAUUACGUGUUAGUGUGUGUGCUCUGUAUCGUAAGCUAAGUGUGUCGACCUUCUUCAUUUGGUUAUUAUACAGUAGUAGUCAUUUGGCCUGAGUCUUUUGUAAAUCUUUAUGUGGUCUUACAGCUUCACAAAGGUUGACAGUGUAACAGGUGAACUUUAUAAGGAGGCUGUCAGUGGUUUGUUUAUUAAGUACUUACCAUGUGUAUAGUUGUUGAAUACGGCUGCAUUUACUAGACUCGUAAGAUACUGUAUCAUACCGACUGUGUAUAAUGAAUGAGUCUUGGAAUUAUGACCAGUGUUGAAAAAGGUGUUUAUAUAUUAAGGUACUGUCAGGGUUUAUAUUCUCGGCAAUAAACCUGUUACAAAUGUU